UUUAAAACCCCAAAUCUAUCAAACUCAAGGUGCAGCUACUUCCUCCAGUUUGCAAAAUGCGUCUUUUCACUGUUCCCAUUGCAGUUCUCUUGUGCUUAUUUCAGAUGAUCCUUACCAGUACAGUUCCCAACUCAACUCAAUUGCAAAUGGCAUUCCUUUCUCAACUAGAGCUUGCUGGAUGCGCCGGGCAAAUCGAGUAUUGGGCGAACUAAGCGGCUCUCCCUGCCCAUUCGCUGCAUUUGGCACUGCUGUCGUUAAUCAUACUGAUAAUGAUGGACUUGGAGAUCUGAUAUGUAUCGGGUUUAACCAGAACCGCCAGACCGGAAACCCGUCCCUACACGGAGAAAUAGCAGCCAUCACGAACUGCACAACCAUUCGGUGGGCGGGGUUUAAGGAAUAUGUCUACGGAACCUCAAUUGAUACGUUAGUCCGGAAAGGCUGGUCCCAGAUCCAUAUAUCUUCAUUGGAGGUUUUUCGGGCUUCUUUGGACUUGAUGUCUCCUACUGUCUUGAUUGGGGAUGUCCUUGUGAAUGAGACCGAUCCAUACUUCUUGUGGCAGUUUGAUCCGGCUUAUCCUUACCCUGAUGACUGCUCGCAUUCUGGUAAUGGCACUAGGUGUCGGGUUUUUACAAGGGAGGAGUUGAGAUAGAAUGUAUGUCAGAAAUAUGGAUUGUGUACACCCCUGUUAGGGUUAUGCUGGGUCUAUGCGAGAUAUGCACUCCGUAGUCAUAAGUAGUAUGUUAUGUUUUUC